AUGGAAGAACCAACUACACAGCAGGCAAUGAAGGCAAAGGAACUAGUGAGAAAGGAGCAGGAGGAUCUAAUGGAGGAACUGUCACAAAUGGUUUUUGCAAAUGGUGGUGGAUCCUCUCAGAAUACAGAAAAUUCAUUUGUACUUUUGGACGAAGAAAACCAACAUACGAAUGUCUCCUCCCUGAUCAACUGUGAGCACAAAUUCAUUGAAGCCUACAUAGCUGCACUCGGGGAUGCCUACCAGAAAUCUAGAAAAAGAGUCGUUGAACAACAGAAAUUUAUGUCCAAUUUCUACUUAUUGGUCACUUCUGAAGAGCCACUGAUUGAUAGUGAUGGCGAGAGACUGGCAAAAACAUCCUGCUAUAUAUCAGCCAUGUAUAAAAACUUGGUCCAACUCAAAAACGACGUCACAACUAUGUUUGAAGCGAUUCGGCAGAUCAAAAGUGAAGGAAACUCCAACGUCUUCCAACUGCACAACUCCUUUGGAUUUCAGAGGAUUUGGAGACAAGCAGCAGAAGUGAUGUAUAUGUUUGUUGCUGUUGAUCAUAUUGCUAACACUUUCCCGAAUCUUGGAAAACAAUUGGCACAGUAUCAACUGAAGCUUCGACAAAAAAUUAACAAUGAAGGAACUGUGGAAGAGAAAAUGAAAUAUACGGAAAAUGGAAUUGCACAAGAGGAAGCACACAAAAUGAUAAUGCAAGGAGGUUUCUUUAGGGCCUACUACGAAUCCAACAGUGGAGAAAUCGACAAAUGUCCAAUAUUCGCUAGAGAAAUGGCUCUCGCUCUUCAAGAAAUGCUAGAGAACUGGGAGAAAUCCUUUAAAGAUUCUGGAAAAUCCGAUGAUCGACUAUUCUGUAGAAUCACCGCCAUGACAGUCUUCUACUACCACCACUUUUACAAUUUUGUCGAUUUAUCAUUUAUCAAAAAAGUGGUUCAUGCAGCCAAGAAGGUUCCAUUCUGUCGAUGGAUUGCUGAGGAAAUUUUUGUUCCGCUGGAAUUUCUUCGAUUUGAAAUUUCCAGCAAAAAAGUUUUCGAUGGGAAAUUAGUCACUCAUUGCAAGAAGAUGGUAGAAGACGCCAGGAAUUAUGGAAAAGGUCAAGAAUUGGAAUUGGUGAAGGAAAUUAAAACGUAUUGUCAGUAUGCAGUCACUUGGACAGAAGAAUUUAAAUCAAAGAAAAGGGAGAUGGAUCGAGGACCGAAAAAUCUUGCACAAUGGGGAUUAGAUGUCUCUGAACUAUUCUUGAAACUCAUUCGAAUUCUCAAUCAUCUCGUUCGCAAUUUUUUCCUUCUCAUUCGAUCCAUUAGAAGCGAAGAAGAAUUUCAUGUUCUCAAAAUGGAUAAGACCACUCAAAUCACAAUUUGCACAACAAUCGAAACAAUCAAAAUUGUUGAAAAUGUUGUUUUGAAACACUGGCGAAUUGUAGACGAAGGUGCUUUUUUGGCGAGACAGCAGUGGAGGAAACACUUGCUUCGAAUUAUGGAAGAUGCUAAGAAAUCGUAUGUUGGUUCGAAGAACAAGAUCAAAGUGGAAGAGAUUGCAAAGUUGAGCCUGUUCCAUAUUGCUGAAUCACAACUGGUUGGAGAAAUCAAAAGAGGAGAAAAAACCAAAGUUUGCUUCCAGUGCGGCAAUGCGAGAUCGCUUGUGAAUAGAGGGAUCAUGAACCCAUCCAAAAAUCUCGCUUUCAACCUAGCCUACGAAUUCGGUCGAUUGGAUCUUCAUGUUUCUGGUUCUGACAAACAACAAGUUCAAGAUUUGAUGAGCCGUCUGGACACUUCAACUGUCCACGUGGUCUUCUGGAACGAGCUGCCUAUACUGGACCUUCCAUUACAGGUUUUACGGUAUGUAAAUUCUAUGAAUAAAAAUUCCAGCGAGCGGAGUAGAAUACCAGAACAAGAGCAGCUCUAUGUGGAAUACUUGCUCAGGAACAUUAAACGAUUGCAACUGGCGGAUUAUGUCAUUUCGAUCGCUGAUGAAAUGCCAGAACUUCUGCAGGCUAUGUGGUAUCAAUUAGAAACUUUAGCUCCACACAAUGCCAAGAUGUACACACAAAUGUUUCAAUUAGCGGAGAUGAAAUACGGAAUGAAAAUGCUUGAUACUCAACUCCCUCAAGUUGGCAUUGAUGAAAGUGUGGUGUUGAUGGAUCUUCUUCGAAAUUUCCCUCACUUUGUUGCCAAUUACUGUCUUAGUAUGCAGAAUCAAAUGUUCAUUGAGAAGUCAUCCGUUGCCAAACAACUUCGACUUAUUCGUCUAGAGGAUCUGGGAAAGGCCCUACGGCAACAUGGAAUUGGAAUAGUACCAACUGCAGUGAACGCGGCUUAUCAACUGAUUCGUCACAAGAUGCAAACCGUCUUCAGUUUUCUUGCAGAAGACACUGUCCGUCAUCAAGUUCUCAAAUAUCUUCAGAAGAUGGAGGAAAAUGAAACCAAAAAAUCGGCAAUGUACAAAGUGGAAUGGGCGGAGUCUGUUGUCCAGGCUCUCGGACAACAGAACAGAACAAAAGGAGUAUUAUCUACGACACCAACACCAAGUGAAUUUGGGGAAAUGACGGAUGAUGGAUCUACGGAUCAGAUUCAUGCGACACAUUUUGACAAAUUCCGUCAGAUUAUUACCCAAAUCGGAAAUGCCAUCUCAUUCAUCAGAUUGUUGUGCCAAGCUGCCGAGGAGAAUGAAAUCGAUCAUUUGGAAUUGUUUCCAUCCAUCAAAAAACACAUGGAAGAUUUAGAAUCUUCUUCGGGGAUCCCUUCUGAUAAAAGUGCCUAUCGUCUAGGCUUAAUCAAAAACAUGUUCGAACGAAUUUCAAAUCAAGGAGAUUUCGUUGGUCUUAUGAUUCUCGAGUUCAAAUCGCUGCUUCUAAACAAUAGUUUGAGUCAAGAACGAAUCGAAGUUCUCGACUACUUCCAUGGAGUUCUUCCAGCGUUGUUUUUGUCCCAAAUGAAUUAUUCCACUGCUCAUGAGAAUCGAAUUAAGAAGGUGUUCGCUUUGAAUCAGCACAGAAAUUUAGUGGUUUGUGAUGAUGGACUCGGAGCUGGAUGUGCGUUUCUGUUGCAUGUUAUGGACGGAUGGGAUGCUUACGAUAAUUUGAAUUGGUUCGAAUCUUUCGUGAAUGAGAAAGAAGACGAGCUAAAACUUCUCAAAAGAUCCGGCACUCUAUCUCGAGCUGACGAACUCCGAUGUGAACGUCUUCGCCACGAACAUGAAGUCUUCUGUAGAAUGAAUCACAACUUUUCCAUUCAAAAUGCCGUUUUCCAGAGAAAAUAA